AUGCAAGAUCGAACGCCACAGCAAGGGUCGUCUUACCAGAACCCUCAGUGGACGUGGACACAGACGAAGAAGCCCCAGAGGAGGGGACGGUCGGGGAGAUUGAUGAUGGAGACUUUUUGGCGGAUUUCCCUGACGAUACUGAGGCAAGAGUUGGAACUUGUCCAUGGACGCAUCGGUUCACUUGACAAUUUGCGGCUUUAUAGAUUUUCAGGGCAUUUGAGGAAGCUGUGUCUGCGGCAAAACUUCAUCUCCCAUCUAGAUUCGGAGACGCUUCACCAGCUGACGAAGUUGGAGGAGCUGGAUUUGUACGAUAACAAGGUCAAGACGGUUGGGGACGCCCUUGAUAAGUUGUCUUCGCUGACAGUUCUGGACUUGUCUUUCAAUCUUCUUCGAGCUGUGCCGGAUCGGUUGGAAUGUCUGACAUCUCUGCAGACCAUCUACUUUGUUCAGAAUAGAAUUUCAAGUAUCAGUGGCUUAUCUUCUUGCGGCACGCUACGCAGUUUAGAAUUGGGAGGAAACAAGAUUCGCAAAAUUGAAAAUCUCGACUCAUUGGUCAACCUAGAGGAGCUUUGGUUGGGUAAAAAUAAGAUAACCAAACUCGAAGGUCUCGGGGCGUUGAAAAAGCUCAAGAUUCUCUCCCUACAAUCAAAUCGUAUCACAAAACUGGAGAAUUUAGAAGAACUGAAUGAUCUUGAACAACUUUAUCUCAGCCACAACGGAGUCAAGCGCAUCGAGGGCCUUGAACAUAAUUCGAAGCUUACAACGCUCGACGUUGGGAACAACUUUAUUCCGGCAGUGGAGAACCUGUCUCAUCUAACUUGCCUUGGAGAGUUAUGGAUGAAUGGGAACGUAAUACCCGACCUUCGAGCCCUCGAAUCGGAAUUGGGCAAAAUAGCUACCCUAGAAACCCUGUAUCUUGAGGCAAAUCCAUGCCAAGCUGCGGACAUGACUGGAUAUCGGAGGAAGAUUAUGCUUGCGCUUCCUCAGCUGAAGCAAAUUGAUGCGACGUAUGUGAGAGGAACUUGA